GCAACUUUAUCCUUACUUGGAAAUGAUCGGUAAAGAUCGGUUUUUCAGAAAAAUGACGUCACGAAGUGAAGAAAAACACAUGUAUUACCAUUGAUGGCCUUGAAACACUUGCAUUUCGCAGGUGUUCUCUCGCGGUGAAGUCGGAUGUGUUAUCUUUUUUGAAUUAAACUCAGAAUCUAUUGUGUACAAUGCCCAUAGCCAACAAACGUGAGGUACCAACUCACUAUCAUACAGCGAAAACGGGAGACAUACAAGAUAUACAUCAAAUAACUUCACCAAUUUCUGUGCUUCACCGUCAGGGGGAAGUGCAAUCGCGUUUAGUCAAUGUGGAGUCUAGAAGGGAUUCGCCAACAUCUAGAUCUUCACAAGCUGGAUACGAUUUGAGAGAUAGGCAAAUUCGCUCUGAUUCCUUAUCACAACCAAUGCCACAAUCCUCACUCUACUAUUCGGGAACAGUUACUAACGAAGAAAAUAUACAUAAACUAGUAAAUGGCUGCAACGCAACAUCGAAGAGGAAGACACCGAGCUCGAGGUGUAAUGAGAGGAGGAGGUGGCCGAGUGCCCAGACAGAUCCAACAGCAGCCACAAGAGGAACCUCGGCGGGGAGCAAGACGCUCGAGAGGAAGGCCUCCUGGACGAGGUAGAACCGCUCCGCCACCAGCUAACGUACAAGAACACCAACAGCAUCGAGGCCGACGAGGUAGGCCUCGAGGUGUUCACCGUGGUCGACCACACCGUUCACUAGAAGGUCGAUUGGUUCGUGAAAGGAAUAGACUUUACCAAAGAGAACGUCGACGUCGAAGGCUACAUGCUACAAAACUUUAUCUUAUUCUAUAUGAUUGAUUUGAAUUGUGUUUAGAAUACAUAUAUUUCCCACUUGGAAAAACAUUAUCAAUCUCAUAAAAUACAUUAUUCAAAUCAAAUUUUAUCUAACUACAAACAUGUGAAUUUUCUAAAUACUGUAUUAUAUGAAUAAUCUUAAAUUAGUAACAUUAGAUUGAAUAAAUAUUUCAAUGAAUUAAAUAUUUUUGACUGAAUUUUGAUAUAAAUUUUUUAAAGUUAUUAUUAAUGCAUUGAUUUCUAUAAAUAGAAUAUUUCAUUUUCUUUAUGUUCGAAAGCAUUGUACUGUAUAGAGAAAAUAAAUGUGGUAAUUUACUACUAGAUAGGUGACAUCGAGAAACUCGAGACUAUGUUUAUCGAUAUAGUUAGCCUGGGCGAGCAUUUGAACAGUAAUGUGUCACAAAUCAAAGAUUAUAAGUGAAUUAUUGUUGAGAAAAAAAAUGAUGAAAAAGUACAGAUAAAAAAAGAAAAAUGUAAGAAAGAAAUUAAAGUAAAGCAAACUAAAGUAAAAAAUAAGAAAUAAAAGAAUAAAAUAAAAUCAGUUCGCAUUUAAGCGGGAAAACUCUUUGAUAAAUUGGAGUCGCUCGUUAAAAGCAGCCGCGUUUUAGGUUUUGUCCAGUCUCGACUGACAGACUGAGUUGCUUGACACGACUAAAAACAAAAACAUAUUUGAAAUAGUUAAAAGUUGAAAAUAUCCGAUGGAAUGAGAGGAAGGAGUUGAGCGUAACUGCUGAUAUGUUGACGAAAGGAAAUGACAAUUUGUUUAAGUCGGUACAGGCUCGGCAUGCAGUUACAAUAGAGAGAAUUGAAGAGCUGGGUAACGUGGCGCCAUCUAGUGGAGACAAGGGACGUAAAUCUGGUUUAUUUUUCUUUGAACUCGGAUAACUUUUCCAUAGCUCAACCGAAAUUCACCAAACUGUGCAAAAAUAUGAAGCAACUGUCUAACUUUAUAUUAUAAAAAACAGCACCCAAAAAUGUCAAAAUACUUUUUUGUUAUUAAGCAUCAGAGGUGAAAGUUGGCAUUUUCGUUUUUUGAAUAUAUCUUUUCUGAAAGUUAAUUAUGUUUUGCAAGAAAUAAUUUAUGCACAUGCCAAGGUUCUACUGAGCACUUGACACAUAAAUCAUAAAAAUCUAACGUGCAAAUUUAAAAAGACAAAAAAAAUUGUACAGGAAAGUGCAAAAGUUAUCCCAGAAGCCUUGGCUUCGCCCAGACGAUUAUUUGUACACUUCACUAUACCUAUAAAAAUGAAUAUUUUUAAGAUGUGUAUAGAAAAAAUAUUAAAUAAAACUACAGAAGAAACACAUAAAAAAAA